UUGGGGGAGGUAUAUAAAGGGUAGGGAGAGCCUUUCCCCAUCAUCACAGCGGCCUGAAUCCUUCUCUGUCUUCGUUAGGCUCGACCCACAGCAAUCUCCAAGGAUGUCUGCCCAAACUAACCCUCCCCAACACUCCCACUCCCACUCCCACCCCCCCAAUAAACCUAUGUCCUCCCAACCGAGCGGCUGCCUGCCCGACUGCACCCUGGAGAAUGCCAUGAAGAUCAUCGUGGACACGUAUCAUAUGUACGCUCCUAGAGAGGGCCUGGAUGACGACCUGAGCCUGCGGGACUUGACCGAGUUUCUCAAGUGCCAGGCCCCGACCUUCCUUGAAGCUUGCAACCGAGGCAACCCAAGCUACCUCCCGUGGCUCUUCAAGCAGUGCGAUGUCGACAACAACAAGAAGCUGACCUUUGAGGAGUUCAUCAAGGUGUUCUGUCUCCUGGCGGACGACGCCCAUCGCAUCAGUCACAGAGAGGACAGAUGUGGUCCCGACAGGGACUGAGCGUCCUUCCAGAUGCAGUUGGAAGAUGGAGGCCUUCACAUUUCCAGCAUUUCCGUAGCUUCUUCCUCGAGGCGUGGCUUUCUCCAGCAAUACCAAGUCUACUAACAUGCUGACUUGAUGGAAAUAAACUCUUACACCCUUG